UUCUCUAAUUCGCAAAACAGCUGAUUGCCGUCCUCCAAUUUUUUGGCUUUUCUGCGUUUUCUUGCAACUUUUAAACGCGUGUUUCCACGUUACAUGGAAACAAAAUAGCAAUCCCGGUUGGAUCAGUCUUUUCAUUUAAUUUCCUUGUCGUGUGCGUGUAUGCAGUAAAUAUACAUAUUUACCUAUUUGCCCCCACCAAUAGUGUAACGCCAUUAAGCAAACAAACUCAUUUGGAAUAGCCGGCAAAACACCAAAAUCCAAAGCAAAAGAAACAUCCAAAGAAUUUUGACAAAAACGCUGUGCGCUUGUACGUAUUUGAUAAUUUUUAUAUGUACAUUCGUGUGCGCUAUUGUAUCACCUAACGACUUUCAGAACGCGAGGCAUACAUCCACUUUCACGUUCUGCUGUUCUCUGCUAUAUUUUCAGUCUACUUGAACAAUACUGUCGUGCGGUUGGUUUUCUAGCGAACAUCGUAAGAAGCUAUUACCUAACUGAAUAUAUCAUGUCUACUUCUGUGUAUGAAGGUGUUGAAAAGGGGCCAGCCAUUGAGGUGUUUGCCCUAAAUCGGGCAUUUUUGGAGGAUACCACACCUAAAAAGGCUAAUCUCGGAGUGGGAGCUUACCGCACUAAUGAGGGCAAACCAUGGGUGUUGCCAGUGGUGCGUAAAACAGAGAUCAAAAUUACCAGCGACGAAACAAUCAAUCACGAGUAUCUACCAGUAUUAGGCAACGACGCAUUCACUAAAGCCGCCACAGCCUUGUUGUUGGGUGAGAAUUCAGUCGCUAUUGCUGAGAAACGUGCUUUUGGCGUUCAAACCCUCUCCGGCACCGGUGCCCUACGUAUUGGCGCACAAUUCUUGCGCGUAAUUUUGAAUCGUCGCGUAGCUUAUUACUCAAAUCCCACAUGGGAGAAUCAUCAUAAAGUGUUCGCGGAUGCUGGCUUCGAAACGCUGCGUUCAUACCGUUAUUGGGAUCAAGCGAAUCGUCGAAUCGAUUUUGAGGGUUUAUUAGCUGAUUUGGAAGCUGCGCCUGAAGGUGCCGUUAUCAUAUUGCAUGCAUGCGCACACAAUCCUACUGGCUGCGAUCCCACACAGGAACAGUGGAAGCAAAUUGCCGACUUGAUCGAACGCAAGAAACUCUUCCCAUUCCUUGAUUCGGCGUAUCAGGGUUUUGCCAGCGGUGAUCCGGAGAAGGAUGCAUGGGCAGUGCGUCACUUUGUGGAACGUGGUUUUGAAUUGUUUGUCGCACAAUCGUUUGCCAAAAAUUUCGGUCUUUACUGUGAACGUGUCGGCAAUUUGACGGUGGUGCAACGCAACGCUGCUACCUCGGAAGCGGUCGCAUCGCAACUCACAUUAUUGGUGCGUGGCAUGUACUCAAAUCCACCAGCGUUCGGCAGCCGUAUUGUUGGGACAGUGUUAAAUGAUCCUGAGUUGCGUAAGGAGUGGAUGGACUGCAUUAAAACGAUGUCAGGUCGUAUAAUUAAAAUGCGUCAGGCACUUUUCAAUCGCCUCACAGAACUCAAGACGCCUGGCACAUGGGAUCACAUUGUCUCACAAAUUGGCAUGUUCUCAUACACGGGAUUGAAUGAAAAACAAGUGCGCGUGCUGAUCGAUGAAUUCCAUGUUUACUUGCUGAAAUCGGGACGCAUUAACAUGUGCGGUCUCAAUGAGAAUAAUGUCGAUUAUGUGGCCAACGCUAUACACACGGCUGUUACAAAAACUUUGUAAUUGAAGUGAAAAUUUAUGCACGCAUUUAGAAAGAGAAUUACGACAAAAAACGAAAACAAUUUUAUAUUUAGCGAAAUUUUAAAAUUCAAUGGCUUUCAAAUAAGUGUACACACAUUAACUAAUUAGGGAAUGUUUAUUAAGAUGUACAAUGUACAAAUAAACAAACAUUUAAGAUGCUAGUAGUUAAUAGACAGCAGUCCAAUAACAUCAUCCAAGCAACAACAACACAACUGAAUAACCUCUCAAAUUGAUGACAACUCCCCCACUGAGAAAAUGAAAAAAAGCGCAAAAUAAACAAAUAAAUGCAACCAACAGAAUUUACUUUGUAUU